AUGAUGCUGCCACCGGUACGGCCAUUGGCUGCCGUCUUCUUAUUGUGCUUGAUCCUGGAUCCGACAUCCGCAGCGGCUUUGGCACGGAUCGGAUCGAUUAAAGACAAAAUAAACAAAGACAAAAGUAAUCCAGCAUUCACUAGUACAAAAGCACCAACAACUUUGCCAAAAGGUCCGGACACCACAACUCGUCUUUUCUUACCAACGUUACACGUGCUGUUGGAUGACGUGCCAGGAUCGCGAGAAUUGUCGAGUCCUUCUACCCAAAAGGAAACGUUUCGUCCUACAAGUUUACCGGCAUCCAGUCGACCUCCACUUAAAGGUUUCAAUUUGAUCCUGGACGAUCCUCCUCCUCUACGGCCUAACACGCAAGCUCCUGGAAUGAAGACAACUCACCGGUUUGAAAAUAGCAUUUUGAACGAAAACGAAGAGCGUUCGACAAAUCUCGCCGAUUCACCACAAGAUGGCAUUCAAAUGACCAAAGGCCCGUUUUUUACAAAUAAUCCAAAGAUCGAACAUCAUCAUUUCCAAAAUAUUGACCAUCUCCCCGACAAAUCCGACACGUCGACGGCAAAAAAUGUUGAACCGACAACGACCCGUCCCUUCGGCCCUACACUGAACUUGGUGAUGGAUGGGUCGCAGGAUGUUUCGUCAAAGGAUCGGAUGAAAAGCACCACUACAACUCGAAAGCCACUUCUUCGGCCGAUUGAUUCGUUGCUGUUACAAUACCAACGCGAAGAGGAGCAAUCCAACAAAAAGAAUAGGCCGCAAGAUAAUCUUAUGGAAUGGCUAGUGAUGAUGCAACAACCGGUUACGGCUCCCGUCGAGCCGGUCAAGAGUUUCCCGAUCGAAGAGGUCAAGCCAUCGGUUCUACCAGUUAAACCUUUACCUGUCGAAACUGUCCUAACACCCGUCCAGCCGGUUAAGACUUUUGCUCUUCAUGAAAUGCCACCGAUUGAGUUGAACCGUGACAAACAAAGCCAGAGGAAUGAUGAAUACGAAUACGAGUACGAAGAAGGUUAUGACGAAUUGCCUGAUGUAGAUGAUCGAACGAGUGUCAAACUGCCAAAUAAGUCAGUGAAUGAGGUGAACCAAUCAAGCGAUUGGAAACGAAUUGGUAGUCCGUUAGGGAUGCACGAUCCUGAUGAGGAUUUUAUCGGACCAGUCGUAUCGCAAUUGAUGAAACCCAUCACAUCUCCGUCACCUUUGAACAAGAAAACAGGAACUGCCUGGCCGACCACUUCGAUUGGAACAAAGCAGCCCAGCAAACCUACUGUAACGGUUGGAAUAAGAGAUUGGCCUGUCCAGGUAGGACUCCAGCGGCCGUCUCCUCCUGCACAGGUGGGUCUACCAGAAUGGCCCGUCCAGGUUGGAUUGCAAUCGCGUCCCAAACCGACAAAAGCGACAGUCAAACCGGGCGAAUAUCAAAUGGGCAACGUUUACGCUACGUCUGUAACGACUCCAUCUUCGAAUGGAAUUAGUUGGCAGGAUAAACGAAAACCAACCAUUGUAGGUGAAUAUCAAAUGGGCAACAUUCAAGGUAAUCAGAUAUUGGAACGUUCCAACUUAACGUCUGCGGCCACCCGACGUCCGUCUUCUAGUUCACCAGCAACUCGUCCUUCAAACAUCUACAAAAAUCAACACAAAAGUCCUCCGUUAACAUCACUGCCGUUUACCGUCGUCGAAAAAGAAGAGGUUAAAGAAAAUGAAAAUAGAAAGAAAAUCAUCAACUCGUAUCAGAUUGAUGCUCGCGUUCCAUCCUACGGUCAAUCCUCUUAUUACAUGAAUAACAAUUCUCCCUCGUUUGGAUCGUCCGGACAGCUGAACAUGUAUCAACCUCAAAAACCAGCUGCUGUGGAUAUGAAUAGCUAUUAUGGAUAUCCUAGCAGUGGUGGAUAUCCUUCUAGUGGGGGAUAUCCAUCAAGUGGGGGAUAUCCAUCAAGUGGGGGAUAUCCUUCUAGUGGUGGAUAUCCAUCAAGUGCGGGAUAUCCAUCAAGUGGGGGAUAUCCAUCAAGUGCGGGAUAUCCAUCAAGUGGGGGAUAUCCUUCUAGUGGGGGAUAUCCUUCUAGUGGGGGAUAUCCAUCUAGUGGGGGAUACCCGGGUGGAAAUUAUAAGCCCUUGAAACCUCCUCCUCCACCAAACCCGGGAGAUCAGCAAUUUAAUUUCGAUUACAUAGACGAAGAAGCAACAGGACCAAUUAAACCGUUUAUUCCCGGGAUCGGGUUAUUCGGCGAUGGGGCUAACGUCAUUUUGAUACCGAAACCAACAACGACUGUUCAACCGCCGUUCUUCAGUACACCAUCGUUUCCAACAGGUCAGUUUAGCACAGAACGGCCUAGCGUGAACCAAAUGUCGACCUCUGCUCCAUUUCAAAUGGAAAAUCAACAACAAAUGGGUGGCAGUUUUGGCGUUGUCACGUCUGGCCCAUUCUGGCCGCCGUUUAUUAGCACAACCAAGAAACCAUUUCCGCCCGGAGAGUUCACAACCAGCCGGCCUAUGAAUCAACAACAGAUAUCGACAUUUCGUCCUUCCGAAAUGGAGAAUCAACAACAAAUGGGUGGCAGUUUUGGCGUUGUCACGUCUGGCCCAUUCUGGCCGCCGUUUAUCAGCACAACGGAAAAGCCGUCUGAGUUCUCAACCAACCGGCCUAUGAAUCAACAGAUAUCGACAUUUCGUCCUUUCGAAAUGGAGAAUCAGCAGCAAAUGGGAAGUAAUUUUGGUGUAAUUACGUCAGGGCCAGCCUGGCCACCAGUGACAAGUACCACUACACCAACGCCAUUUCCAAUGGAGGAAUCGAGCACAAGCAGGCCAACUUUUCGGCCCACUAGGCCCACAAGACGGCCAACUAUGCGACCUACCGUGCGACCUACAAGACCUACUAGGCCAACAACAUCUAGUACAUCUACCAGUACAACUACCACAACUAUGGUUGGACCUUUUGAACCUACCGACUAUUUUGAAUUUGAGGAAACCGACUCUGAAUUCGAGAUCGAUUACCCAACCACCCAAGAACAAAUAGCAAACAUUCCUGGUUUCAACCAGAAUCCAAUAGGUAUCAGUGACAUGGGCAAUGUUAUUGUGGUUAUGAAACCAUCAACUGCUGGGCCGGGACAGCAAACGGCCAGCACUGAGACAAAUACGCCAUCUCAGCAAACGAUGAUCUCUACCAUCCAGACGCCAACUAGGCCACCGAUUGAAACCACUGAGAGCCCAAUGAGCAAUUUCAUCAUUCCGUCUUCCAGCACAAUUGAGCCUCCAUUCAUCCCUGUUGUAACUUCAUCAACGACAGAGCAAACAGUUACAACGAAACCCACUAGACCAUCAUCGAGGCCUCCAACCACGGAUGGAGGGACAUCUGUACCUAACGAUAAUUUGAUGAUUGGCCAAAUAAUUCCAGAUAUCGAUUACCCUGUGCAAGAAGAGGUUGCUAACCUUCCAGGAUUUAAUCAGAAUCCAAUAGGAAUCAGCAACGAUGCUAACGUCAUACUAGUUCCCAAACCUACCCAAAAGCCACCUGUCGUUAUGAGCUCGUCCACCACAACAUCGAGCCCGUCUUCUUCCCAGCAGCCGUCCAAUUCCGAUAAUGACAUGAAUGACUUGAUGAACGCAGUCGGGGAGAUCGAAGACCAACUCAAUUUCGGUUGGGAAAACAUUGACGUCAAUGAGAACACUGUCAUCACAAAUCAUCCCACUACCCUUCCACCUAAUAUCAUUUCAACUACACCGACCAGUACGACAUUUCCUACAGCUCAAAUCGGACUUACAUUUGUUCCCACCAAUAUGCAAAUGAAUAGCCAGCAAUCGGCAACUACUCCGACUCCGAUCAGUCCACCUGAUUCACCAGUGACAUCCGGACCGUUGAAUAACAACAUCUUCCCCACUGGAAGCCCUGUAAGGCCAUCAACAACAACGACCACCACUCCAAGGCCCAGUACUAUCAGUACAACAGGACCCGUGUAUUUAGGCCCAGAUUUUGGCUAUCCAAACGAGCCGCUUUAUUUUCCGGAAGAAAUAUUCAAACCUAAACCAGAAACUCCUAAGCCUUCGUAUGGCGUUCCACCCCUUCCAAUGUCGACGCUGAAACCUUCGAUUGGAAUGCAAGAACCGAUCGGAAUCAGCAACGAGGAAAACACGAUGAAACCGGUGGUCAGGCCACCGUUUUUUGUAUCGACCACCACAGAGAAGCCGUUCAGUUUCCAGCCGAUCAAUUUGGCCCAACCGAUGGACAAGCCGAGCGGAAUAUUUGAAAAUCAAAUGGGCAAUUUCAAUGGAAGUUCAAUAAGCACAGGAGGAAGUUCAAACGAUGGUUCAUCGAUUGUUGUAAUUAUUCAACCACCUUACCUCGGCCCUUUUUUCCCACAAUUUAGCCCAAACAGACCUGUGACAACCACCACCACUUCAACGACUACAACUCCCACCACAACUACUACUCGAACAACAACCACAACCCCGACAACUACUACUCGAACAACAACCACAACCCCGACAACUACGACAAUACCCACAACAACUCCUAUCACAAGCGAACCUUUUGAUUUGUUUCAGCAACAAAUCAAACCCAUUUUACCAUCUGAUUUUCAAAUGGGAAAUGGCUUCAUUCCGCAACGUCCCAAUACCCAAUUUCCAUCGCCUUCAACCGGAUUCAACAUUACCACUUUCUUGGAUUCGUUCGCCACUUAUUAUGGAAUCCCUUCAUUCUUAUUCCCCGGUUAUUAUCAAAUGGGUAAUUAUUAUCAUUUGUCAACAACAACAACAGAGGCUCCAGCCAGCGAUUCAGCUAUUCUGAAUGUCGUUUCACCAUCACCCGUUUCUCCGGGAAACAGCAGCGUGCCUUGCGCUCAAAUCUCCACCUCAACUGCCACAACCGAAUCAACAAUCCUAGCAGCAAUGACGACACCCAGUUCAAUCGAUGACCAGCCGACGAUAAACGAGUUUGAAAUCAAUCAGUUAACGGAAUCUCCUCAACCAGCAGUUGUACCUUCUCCACCAAUGAGACCACCAAUAGCUCAGUUCUUCAUCCCCGUUUCAUCUGGAUCAUCAUCGUCUUCAUCUUCUUCUUCGUCGUCAUCCGAUGGUUCAGUUUCUUCGGCUGGCAUUAUCAGCGGCGUAUCUUCAUCCGGCAGCUCCAUCAGCCUCACCGGAUUCUUGUUGUUCUUCUUCUUUAUCGCAUUGCCCAUCAUCUUUGGCUGUUUGACUCUCUUGGAAAUCCCUUACAUCGUCAGCGGAGUUCUGAUAUUGGCAGUCGUCCCGCUAACCCUUUUGCUAUUCCUCAAAGUCUCGGGCGCCUUUCACGGACGCCAUCAUCAGAAUUGGCACAUCGAUUGGCGUAGGAUCAUAUCGAAGCCUGACGCUGAGCUGCUUCAACUUGAACAGGACGUUCUCGCCAUGCUGGAUAGUUAUCCUUAUCGGGAGAUGGAGACAACGACGACUGACCAUUGGAAUCAUCUCGACCAUUAUGCCCGUUAA